AUCCCAGAAGCCUCGUCACCAGGAAGUGGUGUGCCGGAGAGAUCUCCGGUUUUGUUUUGACAAUGAUGGAGGAGGAAGAAUUUGAAUUUGCUGAGGAUUUGGAGGCUAUUUUGCAUCUAACCCCAGAGGUGCAAUUAGCCAUUGAACAGGUCUUCCCCAGCCAAGACCCCCUGGACAGAGCAGACUUCAAUGCUGUUGAAUACAUCAACACACUGUUCCCCACUGAGCAGUCUCUGGCUAAUAUUGAUGAUGUGGUAAACAAGAUUCGUCUGAAGAUUCGGCGCCUGGAUGACAACAUCAGGACAGUAGUGAGAGGCCAGACCAAUGUGGGCCAGGAUGGCAGACAGGCUUUGGAGGAGGCCCAGAUAGCCAUCGGACAGCUCUUUGGCAAAAUAAAAGACAUCAAGGACAAGGCGGAGAAGUCUGAACAAAUGGUAAAGGAGAUCACGAGAGACAUAAAGCAGCUGGACCAUGCCAAGCGCCACCUCACUACAUCCAUCACUACCCUCAACCACCUGCACAUGUUAGCAGGGGGCGUUGACUCUUUAGAAGCCAUGACCAGAAAGAGGCAGUAUGGGGAGGUGGCCAACCUGCUGCAGGGAGUGGUCAACGUGCUUGAACAUUUCCACAAGUACAUGGGCAUACCCCAGAUCAGACAGCUUUCUGAGAGGGUAAAGGCUGCACAGAGUGAGCUGGGGACUCAGAUCCUGGCAGAUUUUGAAGAAGCCUUCCCCGCUCAGGGCUCCAAGAGAACAGGAGGUCCCAGUAACGUGCUGAGAGACGCCUGUCUGGUAGCCAACGUGCUGGACCCACGCAUCAAGCAGGAAGUCAUCAAGAAGUUUAUCAGGCAACACCUUUCAGAGUAUCUGGUUCUAUUUCAAGAAAACCAAGAUGUUGCAUGGUUAGACAAGAUCGACCGCCGCUAUGCCUGGAUCAAGCGGCAGCUGGUGGACUACGAGGAGAAGUAUGGACGCAUGUUUCCAGAGGAGUGGUGCAUGACCGAGCGCAUUUCUGUAGAGUUCUGUCACAUCACCAGGGUGGAGCUAGCUAAAGUCAUGCGAACACGUGCUAAGGAGAUCGAGGUGAAGCUGCUUCUGUUUGCUAUCCAGAGGACCACAAACUUUGAGGGUCUUCUGGCCAAACGUUUUACAGGAUGCACCUUGACUGACGUACCUGGACAAAAGAGGCCAGAGAGCCCUCUAGAGUCCACUAACCCCUUCCUGGAGGACGAGCAAGGCGAAGAUGUUGGCACAGAGAAGGAUGAGGAUCUGGCUAAGCCCAGGAAGCCAAAAGCUCCGGACAACCCUUUCCACGGCAUUGUCUCCAAGUGCUUUGAAGCACAUCUAUACGUCUACAUAGAAUCUCAAGACAAGAACCUGGGCGAGCUGAUCGAUCGGUUUGUGUCUGACUUCCGAGCGCAAGGCCCACCUAAGGCGGGUACAGAGGAGGGAGGAGCAGUCCUGCCCAGCUGCGCUGACCUCUUUGUCUACUACAAGAAGUGCAUGGUGCAGUGCUCCCAACUGAGCACCGGAGAACCGAUGAUUGCCCUCACGACCAUCUUCCAGAAAUUUCUGAGAGAGUACGCCUGGAAAAUCCUCUCCGGCAACCUGCCCAAAUCCAGCAGUAACAGUGUGGGUCUUACCAUUAGCAGUCUGCUAAAGGAAAAAGAAGGCUCAGAGGCUGCAAAGUUCACCGUCGACGAGCUGUGCCUGAUCUGUAGCAUCCUUAGCACUGCGGAGUACUGCCUGGCUACCACACAACAGUUGGAAGAGAAGCUUAAAGAGAAAGUCGAUAAAAUCCUGGUGGAAAGAAUUAAUCUCACCGGGGAGAUGGAUACAUUUAGCACAGUUAUCUCGAAUAGUAUCCAGCUACUUGUUCAAGACCUUGAUGCUGCCUGUGACCCUGCUCUGACUGCCAUGAGCAAGAUGCCGUGGCAGAGCGUGGAGCAUGUGGGUGACCAGAGUCCUUAUGUGACGUCAAUCAUCAUGCACAUCAAGCAAAACGUUCCCAUCAUCAGAGACAAUCUGGCCUCCACGCGCAAAUACUUCACACAAUUCUGCAUCAAGUUCACAAAUUCUUUCAUUCCCAAGUUUAUCAACCACCUGUUCAGAUGUAAGCCAAUCAGCAUGGUGGGAGCUGAACAACUCCUCCUGGACACUCACUCCCUUAAGACGGUCUUGCUGGAUCUGCCGUCCAUAGGCUCCCAGGUGAACCGCAAGGCGCCCGCCAGCUACACCAAGAUAGUGGUGAAGGGCAUGACCCGAGCAGAAAUGAUUCUUAAGGUGGUGAUGGCCCCACAUGAACCGCCAGUCGUGUUUGUUGAUAACUACAUCAAGCUCUUGGCUGAUGGGAAUCCGGAAACCUUCCAGAAGAUUCUCGACAUGAAGGGUCUGAAGCGCAGUGAACAGAGCAGCAUGCUGGAGCUCUUCAGGCAGAGGCUACCCACUCCACCCUCUGGCGCAGAUGGCGGCCCCUCUCUUUCCUUCAGUACCCCCACCCCUGAGCAGGAGUCCUCCCGCAUCCGCAAGCUAGAGAAGCUCAUCAAGAAGAGACUGUGAACAGACACACAACUUGAAACUUGGAAAAGGCUCCCAGGAUGGGAUGCUUUGCACCUUCUUGCCCUUUUUCAUCUCAAACAAAUGAUGUACGGUUAUCGUGUGGAAUUACUAAAGAGCAGAAAGAGGACUGAAAAGUCAUAUGAACUCAAGAUGAUGCUGGAUUAUGAAGAAACUUCCUCAACUGCUACAUUUCUGUUGCUACACAUGUCAUUUACUUCUGUAAUUCUUUUUUCAUGACACUAAUGUCUGACGCUUUUAUCAUACUACAUUGAUGCACUGUGUAUUUGCACUCAAGACUUCAUGUAGUGCUGUUAACUUCUUUCUUCUUAGAGAGCUCUGGUUCUCCUCUUUUGGACAUGUCAUACCCAGGAUGAUUAAAGACAGCCUCAUCUUAAAUUAAACUGAUGUUAUUGUCAAAAUAUAUCACAACAUUGACCGUGGUUUUCCUCAAUCGUUUGAAUUUGAAGUAGGGGGUUACUGAGGUAAAUUAAUUAGACUGGACAUGCAUUGUCUUGAGAGUUUGCAUGACCUCUGGCCCUUGAAUUUCUAACUGGAGUCACUAGAGUCCUGGAGUAGAAGACUAAAAGGAUCUUUACAUUUCCAGCACGUUCAGUCAGACAUGACUAAACGUGCUUUUGCUUGGCAUUUAAAACCCAUCUAGGUUGACUUAGAAAUCAGAAGUCUUUUAACUUGAGCCAUUGUCUAGGAGGAAGGGGGGGGGAGAGACAUAAUGGAGUAUAUACUGUAUAUAUGUGCGGUCGGUCUAAAAGAUUCUCUGAUAAUUGAAUCUACUCUCUCCUUUAAAACAUGCUUUUUGUUGUCUUGUUUCAGCAACAAUGUGUCCACUUAUCCAUUCUUCCAUAUCUGCAGGGCAGACUCCAACAAUACUGUUUGGAGAAAAAUAUAUUUAGUACUGCGACACAACAUGAAGCGGCUCCUGCAAGUUCUAAUGCAAAGUGUAAAAACCAAACAUGAAAGUCUUUGGAAAGAAAAGUUAUCUGCUAUCAAAAUAAGUAACAUGAAUAUAGUCCCUCAUGUGGAUGCUACUAGUGCCUCUAAGUUAAACAAGUCCUUGUAGAUACAUUGUAACUGAAUCGAUGUACACAUUCCUGCCUUCAGGUAUCAAAUGUUUCUCGUUUGUAUUGUCUAAAUUGUGUGCUGCACAGGCAGUUGUUGAACACUAUUAAAACAUCGCCACCA